GUGAUAUAUGUUAUGUGAUACAAAUAAAUAAGUAGCAGAAACCCCCACCCUGGUCCGUACCACAGAUACCAGACAGGGGUGGGGAUUAGGAGCGUACCACUCCAUCUGUUGUUACAGGGGUGGUGCACAAGGAAGCAGUACUCAGCAGGCGCAGAGAAUUGUGGGUAAGCGGCUGCGCACUGUCCUUGUGGCUGGUGGAUGAUGCCGGUGCUCGGUUUGUGUAGAGGAAUCCUCUAUCGGGCUGUAGUCAGGAGCCCCGCUCGCCGUCCGGUGUCAGCGGUCAGAAGGCUGCACGUAGCUCUGCCUUGUAGAGCCGCAGGGGAGGCGGAAAGAACGGGAGGCCGAGAGUUCGAUCCCUCCGUGCUGCAGUUCCUGGUCUGCCCGCUUUCUAGGAAGCCACUCAGGUAUGACGAGUCUGCAAAUGAACUAGUGAACGAUGAACUUGGCAUAGCGUAUCCUAUAGUGGAUGGGAUCCCCAAUAUGAUUCCUCAGGAUGCAAGGAUGAUUCACAAAGAGCAAAAGUCACAGGAGUCUGAAAACACCCAGCAGUAG